AUGCGUCUUCAAGGAACACUCCGAUAUGCGACCGAAUACAUCGGGUUCAAGAUCUUCAUCACUAUAUGCAUUAUCCUUCUUGCCGCACAGCUCUAUAUUAUCGCCCAUCCCCACGAGCCCAAUCGUGCUUUCUCCAACCCUGAACGUCCAUAUGUUCCCUCAAACCUCAUUUCUCACGGUGGCACUCAAUGCAUACCCGAGGUUGGACAUCACAUGAUUGCUGAAUCUAUCGAAAAGCAUUCAUUAUGCAGGAGUCAUUCUCCAUUUGUAAUCGGACGAGCACGUAUCGGCGUGGUGACAGCACUUUUCGGGGACCUGCAGGAACAUUAUCAAAAGGCUUUCCAGACGCACAUGCUUCAUAGUCUAAUACAUGGAACCAUAGUGCAUGUAUUGUGCGACUCCAUCGUAGACGGCCUUUGGAACAAGCCUGCUUUCUUGUUGAAUCUACUCAUGCACGAAAUGCUAAAGCCAGCAAAAGAGCGACUGGAAUGGAUCAUGUGGGUCGAUCGCGACACUCUGAUUCUCGACCAGUGUCAUCCAAUUUCGGGCUUUCUCCCCCCGGAAUCUUCACGCUUUGGCGGAUGGGGGGAGCGCUCGACAAACUUGGAUCGCAGAGAAAAGAACGCAACGCAUCUCCUAGUCACCAACGACUUCAACGGCUUGAACAAUGGUGUCUUCUUGCUUCGUGUAGACAGCUGGGCUAUCGAACUCUUCAACUCUAUCCUUGCCUUUCGCCAUUACAAUCCAGGGGUUGAGCUAAAGUUUACCGAGCAGAGUGCCAUGGAGCUGGUCAUCAACGAGGACGGCUUCAAAGAACACACACAGUUUGUUCCACAGCAUUGGUUCAACGGCUACCCAGAAGGGGGCGCACGCAAAUUUCGGGACCGCACGGAUGGGAAUGGACUCGACGAGGAGCAUGUCAGACGCGGGGACUAUCUAGUGCACUUCGCUGGUAGACCGAAGAGGGACGAGAUCAUGACUGACUGGCUUAAUAUGGUGGAAGAAUUACCUGAUGUUUGGGAGUACAGCACCGUACAGAGAGAUAUUUCAACCGACGUACUGAGGUUUUGGAGGGGUCUGGGGUAUUGA